AUGGCACGGAAUACUGAGGUUGAUGAUGAUGGAAGAGAUAGCAAAACAAACCAAAAAGUUUCAUUCUACAAACUCUUCACUUUUGCAGAUAGCCUUGAUGUGAGUUUGAUGAUCAUUGGCAAUAUCUCAGCCAUUGCUAAUGGAAUGUCACAGCCUAUCAUGACUCUUAUCCUUGGCAGAAUCAUCAACGCCUUUGGUAACACUGAUCCACACCAUACUCUCAAAGAAGUUUCUAAGGCUUCAUUAUUGUUUGUUUACCUCGCUAUUGGAACUGGAAUAGUAUCAUUCUUACAGGUAUCGUGUUGGAUGGUGACAGGAGAAAGACAAGCUGCGAGGAUUCGUAGUUUGUACUUGAAAACAAUAUUGAAACAAGAUAUUGCGUUCUUUGACACGGAAACAAACACUGGAGAGGUAAUUGGUAGAAUGUCUGGUGACACAAUUCUCAUUCAAGACGCAAUGGGAGAAAAGGUUGGGAAGUUUACUCAACUUGCUACAUCAUUUUUUGGUGGCUUUGUGGUUGCUUUCAUAAAAGGAUGGAGACUAGCUUUAGUUUUGCUUGCAUGUGUACCUUGUGUUGUUGUUGUUGGUGGAGUCAUGUCUAUGCUCAUGGCUAAAAUGUCGACACGUGGACAAGCUGCUUAUACAGAAGCAGGAAAUGUUGUUGAUCAAACCGUCGGAGCCAUCAGAACAGUUGCGUCUUUUACCGGGGAGAAAAAAGCAAUAGAAAAGUAUAAUAGUAAGUUAAAAGUUGCUUAUACGAGUACGGUUCAACAAGGAACUGCGACAGGAUUUGGAAUGGGGUUACUUUCAUUGAUUGUGUUUAGCACCUAUGGACUUGCAAUGUGGUAUGGUUCCAUGUUAGUCCUUGAGAAGGGAUAUACUGGUGGAACUGUUAUGAGUGUAAUCAUAGCUCUUAUGACUGGCGGAAUGUCAUUGGGUCAGACAUCUCCAUGCAUAGAUGCAUUUACUGCAGGACAAGCAGCCGCGUAUAAAAUGUUUGAGACGAUUAAAAGAAAGCCGAAAAUUGAUGCAUAUGACACAAGUGGUGAAAUCUUGGAGGACAUAAAGGGAGAUAUCGAACUCAAAGAUGUUCACUUCAGAUACCCUGCGAGGCCGGACGUGCAGAUAUUUGCUGGAUUUUCACUGUUUGUUCCAAGUGGCACAACUACUGCUUUGGUGGGUCAAAGUGGAAGUGGAAAGUCUACUGUGAUCAGUUUAUUGGAAAGAUUCUAUGAUCCUGAUGCUGGAGAAGUACUUAUAGAUGGUGUGAAUUUGAAGAACUUGCAACUUAAAUGGAUAAGGGAUCAGAUUGGGUUGGUUAGUCAAGAGCCUAUAUUGUUUACUACUACUAUCAGAGAGAACAUAGCGUAUGGGAAAGAAGGUGCGACUGAUGAGGAGAUAGCAGCGGCAAUAACACUUGCUAAUGCGAAAAAGUUCAUCGACAAACUGCCUCAGGGCCUUGACACCAUGGCGGGACAAAAUGGUACUCAACUUUCUGGCGGGCAAAAGCAAAGAAUCGCAAUUGCAAGAGCAAUAUUGAAGAACCCGAGAAUCCUGCUUCUUGAUGAAGCAACGAGUGCGUUGGAUGCUGAGUCUGAACGUAUUGUUCAAGAAGCUUUAGAAAAAAUUAUGUUUAAAAGGACUACUGUUGUUGUCGCGCAUCGUUUAACAACUAUCAGAAAUGCGGACACAAUAGCAGUGGUUCAUCAGGGAAAAAUCGUGGAGAAAGGAGCUCAUGAUGAGCUAAUCAAGGAUGCAGAUGGUGCUUAUUCUCAGCUUAUUCGUCUACAAGAAGGAGAAAAAGAAAGCCAAAAUUCUGAAGCAGAUAAGUCAAGUCACAUGUUAAAUAGAGACAUGUCUAUAUCUUCCACCCGAAAGAAUUCCCUUGUGAUGUCAACAAGCCAAAGAUCAUCAGGGAGAAUCUCCCAAAUUGGUGUACAAAUCGAUGAACCAGAUAUUGAAGAAGGUCGAGUUGAUAAUAAUAAUAACAAGAAGAAACAGAAAAAUGUUUCUAUAAGACGUUUGGCCUACUUGAACAAACCUGAGAUUCCCGUCUUACUGCUCGGAUCCAUUGCUGCAAUAGUGAACGGUGUAGUGUUCCCUGUAUUUGGCCUAGUGUUUUCAUCGGCCAUUAGUAUGUUUUACGAACCUCCAGAACAACAGAAGAAAGAAGCUAGGCUCUGGGCACUUCUAUACGUCGGUUUGGGUUUGGUUACUCUAGUAGUUUUACCACUUCAGAAUUACUUCUUUGGGAUUGCUGGUGGAAAGCUUGUAGAAAGAAUCCGUUCGCUGACAUUUGCAAAGGUUGUGCACCAAGAAAUAAGUUGGUUCGAUGACCCUGCAAAUUCAAGUGGUGCAGUUGGUGCAAGACUAUCGACCGAUGCUUCAACUGUGAAAAGUCUUGUUGGUGACACAUUGGCUCUUAUUGUGCAAAACAUAUCAACAAUCACAGCUGGUCUGGUUGUAGCAUUCACUGCUAAUUGGAUUCUCGCUUUUAUAGUUUUGGCUGUGUCACCAGUGGUUCUCGUGCAAGGAAUCAUUCAGAUGAAGUUUCUCGAAGGAUUCAGCGGAGAUGCCAAGGUGAUGUAUGAACAGGCAAGUCAAGUGGCAAAUGACGCUGUUAGUAGCAUCCGAACUGUUGCAUCAUUUUGCGCAGAAUCAAAGGUUAUGGAUAUGUAUCGAAAGAAAUGUUCAGGGCCAGAAAAACAAGGUGUUCGUUCGGGGCUUGUAAGUGGCGCAGGAUUCGGCUUCUCUUUUGUGGCUCUAUAUUGCAUGACUGCUUUUUGCUUCUACAUAGGAGCUGUUCUAGUGCAGCAUGAUAAAGCCACUUUUCAAGAGGUUUUCAAGGUUUUCUUCAGUUUAACUAUAACAGCAGUUGGCAUUUCUCAGUCUAGUACUUUGGCACCAGACACUAAUAAGGCGAAAGAUUCUGCCGCUUCAAUAUUCAAAAUUCUAGACAGUAAACCUACAAUUGACUCUAGUAGCAAUGCAGGCGAAACAUCAGAAACAGUUACAGGUGAUAUCGAACUUCAACAUGUCUGCUUCAAUUACCCGACAAGGCCUCACAUUCAAAUUUUCAAAGAUUUAUGUCUAAAUAUCCCCGCCGGAAAGACUGUUGCCUUGGUUGGAGAAAGUGGCAGCGGAAAAUCAACAGUUAUAAGCCUCUUAGAGCGAUUUUAUAACCUGGACUCAGGACAUGUAUUACUAGACGGAGUGGACAUCAAAACUUUCAGAUUAAGCUGGCUGAGGCAACAAAUGGGUUUAGUCGGUCAAGAGCCGAUUCUCUUCAACGAAAGCAUUUGCGCCAACAUAGCUUAUGGCAAAGAAGGACAUGCUACAGAAGACGAGAUCAUUGUAGCAGCUAAAGCAGCCAAUGCACACAGCUUCAUAAGUUCUCUUCCAAAUGGUUACAAUACAUCAGUCGGCGAAAGAGGCAGACAGUUAUCAGGUGGACAAAAGCAACGCAUUGCCAUUGCAAGAGCAAUGCUGAAAAACCCGAAAAUACUUCUGCUUGAUGAAGCCACAAGUGCACUUGACGCCGAGUCAGAGCGUAUAGUUCAAGAGGCUCUAGACAAAGUGAGUGUGAAUAGAACUACUGUGGUGGUUGCUCACCGUCUUACAACGAUUCGAGGAGCGGAUACUAUAGCAGUGAUUAAAAAUGGAGUAGUUGCUGAAAAGGGAAGACAUGACGUGUUGAUGAAGAUCACUGAUGGGGUUUAUGCUUCAUUAGUAGCUCUUCAUUCAAGUGCAUCAUAA